GACUCAAUGGAGCUGAAAAACUGCACCAAGGUAAAAGAAUUUAUUUUCCUUGGCCUAACCAAGAAUCAAGAGCUGAACUUGGUCUUAUUUCUUUUCCUACUUUGGGUGUAUGUGACAACUCUGCUGGGAAACCUCCUCAUCAUGGUCACUGUGACCUGUGAGUCUCGCCUUCACACCCCCAUGUAUUUUUUGCUCCGGAAUUUAUCUAUUGCCGACAUCUGCUUUUCCUCCAUCACAGCUCCCAAGGUUCUGGUGGACCUUCUGUCACAGAGAAAGACCAUCUCCUUCAAUGGCUGCUUCACCCAGAUAUUUUUCUUCCACCUUGUUGGAGGGGUGGACGUAAGUUCUUUGUCGGUGAUGGCAUUAGAUAGGUAUGUGGCCAUCUCCAAGCCCUUGCACUAUGUGACUAUCAUGAGUAGAGGCCGUUGCAUUGGGUUAAUAGUGGCCUCCUGGUUGGGUGGCUUUGUCCACUCCAUUGUGCAGAUUUGCCUCUUGCUGCCUCUCCCUUUCUGUGGACGCAAUGUUCUUGACACUUUCUACUGUGACGUCCCCCAGGUCCUCAAACUCUCCUGCACUGAUACUUUUAUGUUUGAGCUGCUAAUGAUUUCUAAUAGUGGAUUACUCACCACACUGUGGUUUAUCCUACUGCUUGUGUCCUACACAGUCAUCCUAAUGAUGCUGAGGUCUCAGGCAGGGGAGGGCAGGAGGAAAGCCAUCUCCACCUGCACCUCACACAUCACUGUGGUCACCCUGCACUUUGUGCCCUGCAUCUAUGUCUAUGCCCGGCCUUUCACUGCCCUCCCCACAGAUAAGGCCAUCUCCGUCACCUUCACUGUCAUCUCCCCUCUGCUGAACCCCUUGAUCUACACUCUGAGGAAUCAGGAGAUGAAGUCAGCCAUGAGGAGACUGAAGAAAAGAUUUGUGCCUUCUGACAGGGUAUAG